CUGGCUAACACGGCUAGCAUGUUAGCAAACGUUUGACAACUUAAGACACACAGCAAUAUUUUCCUCCCAGUGAAGUCGUAUUUCUGGCUACCUGAUCAACAGAUAGAUUGGGGAAUUCCUACCUUGUUGUGAGAGCAGUGUCUGAUCUGAGGCUGGGAGCGCAGGAGAGCAGCUGUGGGGUUGGAGGCGCGCUCUCGUUCAGUGUACUCCAGAAGCAGGGUGGCAGCAGCAGCUCAGUCGCUCCGACUCAGUAAUCACACACCCGUGACCCGCCCUCGUUUCCCCCUCGCUUACACAAACGGGACUAAAAAAUAUACUUCCUCAGCCCUGCCCUGUCUGCCUCAGUGAUGGGGCAGUGAGGAUGCCAAAGUACGACAGUCCUGCGGAAACCUUUUAAAAAACAUUUAAUUUCCCCAGCUACACUGCUUUAGUGUUUAUUUAACCUGUUUGUUGCCAUGUUGCGAGUUGUUGUAGAGUCUGCUAAAGGUCUGCCUAAAAAGAAGGUUGGAAGUCCAGAUCCAAUUACAUCUGUGAUUUUUAAAGAUGAGAAGAAGAAAACAAAAUCAGUUGACAGUGAGGUGAAUCCUGUCUGGAAUGAGGUGCUCGAGUUUGACCUGAAGGGCACGCCGCUGGACUCCAGCUCCUACAUAGAUGUGAUUGUGAAAGACUAUGAAACCCUUGGGAAAGACAAAUUCCUUGGAUCAACCAAAGUCUCUCUGAAAGACCUUGCCUCAGGUCAAGUGAGAUCACUACCAUCCAAAAAUGUGCCAUUGGUCAAUGAAAGUGGGCAGAAUAUUGGAGCCACCAUCAACCUUGUGAUUGGCUAUGAUCCUCCAGCCAAUGCUGUACCAAACCCCAACAACCCACAGGCCGGAGACGCCACAGUGGAUGCUGGUGGAGGUGGUGGUGAAGAGGGUGAUGAGACUCUACCAGAUGGGGGCCAAAGCAGCUCUGCAGGGGGGCCCUCGGCUGCUGGUCAGAACGUUAGCCUCCGCCAGCGGCUGACCAGGGCAAAAAAUCGCCAACUGGUCAAUAAACCUCAGGAUUUCCAGAUCCGUGUCCGGAUCAUCGAGGCCCGUCAGUUGUCUGGGAAUAACAUCAAACCAGUGGUGAAGGUCAAUGUGAGUGGACAGACCCACAGGACAAGGAUCAAGAGGGGAAACAACCCCUUCUUUGAUGAGAUGUUCUUCUACAAUGUCCACAUGCUACCAUCAGACCUGUUUGAUGAGAACAUUAGCUUCCGGGUGUAUGAUUCCUAUUCACUGAGGGCGGACUGUCUGAUGGGGGAAUUCAAGCUGGAUGUUGGUUAUGUGUACGAUGAACCAGCCCACUGUGUCAUGAGGAAGUGGCUCCUCUUGAAUGAUCCAGAUGAUUCCAGCUCUGGGGCUAAAGGCUACCUCAAAGUCAGCCUCUUCGUAGUGGGGACUGGAGAUGAGCCUCCGAGGGAGUCUGACAACGACCGGGAUGACAUAGAGAGUAACCUGUUGCUGCCGGCUGGUGUGACCCUGCGAUGGGCCACCCUGUCACUGAAGGUGUUCAGAGCUGAGGACGUUCCUCAGAUGGAUGAUGCAUUUGUCCAAACUCUGAAAGAAAUUUUUGGAGGUAGUGAAAACAAGAAGAACCUGGUGGAUCCUUUCUUAGAGGCUUCCUUUGCAGGCAAAAAGCUGUGUACUCAGAUAAUUGAGAAAAAUGCAAACCCUGAGUGGAACCAAGUGCUGCACCUCCAAGUCAAGUUCCCCUCCAUGUGCGAGUCUGUCAAACUGACCGUCUUUGAUUGGGAUCGUUUGACAGGGAAUGAUGCUAUUGGCACCACAUACCUGAACUUGGCCAGGAUAGCCUCCUCUGGUGGAGAGAUAGAAGAGGAACAUGCGGGUGAAGGGGAAAUGCCAUCAUAUAAAGCUAACACAGGGAAGUCUGAGGUGGGUUUCCUUCCUGUCUUUGGCCCCUGCUAUGUCAACCUGUAUGGCAGCCCUAGAGAGUUCACCGGGCUGCCAGACCCCUAUGAGGAUCUCAAUCAUGGCAAGGGAGAAGGAGUGGCAUACAGGGGCAGGGUGCUGGUCGAGCUGUCCACUAAACUAGAGGGGAAAGUAGACAAAACAGUAGACAGUAUCCACAGUGAUGACAUCCUGGUGGCACAGAAGUACCAGAGGAGGAGGAAGUUCUGUCUGUGUGCAGUUUUCCACAGCGCCUCCAUGAUUCAGGAACCUGGAGAACCAAUCCAGUUUGAGGUCAGCAUCGGUAACUACGGCAACAAACUGGACACUACAUGCAAACCACUGGCCUCCACCACUCAGUACAGCUGUGCUGUAUUUGAUGGUAACCACUACUAUUACCUGCCCUGGGCAGACACUAAGCCAGUGGUAGUGGUUACUUCAUUCUGGGAGGACAUCAGCCACCGCCUGGACACUGUCAACAUCAUCCUCUACAUUACUCACCGCCUGCAAUCCAACCUGGAGGCAUUUAAAACUGCCAUCUUGGCUAAAGUAUCAGACAACCAACUAGUGGAGUUGUGGCUGAAGUUGCUUGAUGAGUUGAUUGAAGACCUUGAGAGUUUCCCAACACCAGAGUUGGAGGGCCGCUCCAACCUGACAUCUCUGGACUUCCAAAUCAAAAAGCUGCGAGAUAGCGAUUUGAUGACCAUCAAGGAUGGAGCCAGACGCAUGAAAGAGGAAGCGCGAGAGAUCAAAGACACUCUGUCCGACUUAGAGUCCUGGGCAGACAAGCUUGAAACGUUGGCAGAAGAGCCUCAGAACAGCAUGCCUGACGUGAUCAUCUGGAUGCUCCGGGGGGAGAAGAGAGUGGCCUGCAGUCGUAUUCCCGCUCACCAAAUCCUUUUUUCCACAUACAGCGAGCAGGCCUGUGGUCAACACUGUGGCAAGACACAGACUGUCUUUUUAAAGUACCCCAUGGACAAAGCCAAGGGCUUAAAGGUGCCUGUUCAGAUUAGAGUCAACAUGUGGCUGGGUCUGUCUGCACAUGAAAAAAAGUUCAACUCUUUCUCUGAGGGAACCUUCAGUGUGUUUGCUGAGCUGUACGAGAACCAGGCCAAGGUGUUUGGGAAGUGGGGGACCACAGGACUGGUGGGACGCCACAAAUUCUCAGAUGUAACAGGCAAACUGAAGUUGAAACAACAGUACUUCAUGCCCCCCAGAGGAUGGGAGUGGGAGGGCGACUGGGUGAUUGACCCAGAGAAAGCUCUGCUAACAGAGGCAGAUGCAGGACACACUGAAUUCAUGGAUGAGGUGUUCCAAAACGAGACUCGCUUCCCUGGUGGAGAAUGGAAAGGUGCCUCUGAGCCCUUCACCGAUGUGAAUGGAGAAAAGAGCCGCAACCCUGGAGAGUUUGAUUGUCCUCCAGGUUGGGUCUGGGAGGACGAGUGGACUGUGGAUGACAACAGAGCUGUGGAUGAUCAAGGCUGGGAGUAUGGAGUGACCAUUCCUCCAGAUGACAAGCCUCGCUCCUGGGUCUCUGCAGAGAAGGUGUACCACGUCCACCGCAGGAGAAGGCUGGUUAGGCCUCGCAAGAGAGCAGCUCUCCCUGCAGGAACCGCUGUGGAGAGGCGGGAUCAAGGUGACCCUGAGGGAUGGGAAUUCUCUUCUCUGAUUGGCUGGAAGUUCCACAGGAAGGAGCGUUCAUCUGAUACGUUUCGUCGAAGGCGCUGGAGGCGGAAGAUGGGACCAGAGGACCGCCUUGGAGCAGCUGCCAUCUUUCAACUGGAGGGUGCACUGGGUGUUGAUACUGAUGAGAAAGAGCCAAAGGCCGACACCACCAAACUGUUUGGUGCCAACACGCCUACUGUGUCCUGCUACUUUGACAGGUCAUACAUGUACCACCUACGUGUCUACAUCUAUCAGGCACGGAACAUGACAUCUAUGGACAAAGAUAGCUUCUCUGAUCCGUAUGCACACGUCUCCUUCCUGCAUGUUAGUAAGACAACAGAGAAGCUGCGAGCAACACUGAACCCAACCUGGGACCAAACUCUGAUUUUCAACGAUGUUGAGAUUUAUGGAGACCCCAAGAAUGUUGCUGACCGCCCUCCUGAUGUUGUGCUGGAGUUCUACGACCACGACCAAGUGGGGAAGGAUGAGCUGCUGGGCCGCAGUGUUUGCAUCCCAAUGGUGAAACUGAACCCAGACAUGGAUAAGACACCCAAGCUUCUGUGGCAUCCCAUCAUCCAGAGGGGAGAGAAAGCAGGGGAGGCGCUGGUGGCUGCUGAACUCAUCAUUAAACCGAAGUCGGGUGAGUCAGAUCUUCCUCUGGUUCCCCCAAAGAGAGCAGAGAACCUCUACAUGGUUCCACAGGGCAUCCGGCCUGUGGUGCAGCUCACUGCAGUGGAGAUUCUGGCAUGGGGUCUGAGGAACAUGAAAACUUACCAGCUGGCCUCAGUGUCUUCACCCAGCCUGGUGGUGGAGUGUGGCGGGCAGAGGGUGGAGUCAGCUGUCAUCAAGAACAUGAAGAAGAGCCCCAACUUCCCCAGCUCUGUCCUCUUCAUCAAAGUGCUCCUUCCAAAGGAUGAGAUGUACACACCUCCCAUUGUGCUGAAGGUGAUCGAUCACCGUCCAUUUGGCAGAAAGCCUGUGGUCGGUCAGUGCACCAUCACUUCUCUGGAGGAGUUCAGAUGCGACCCAUAUGUCAUCACUGCAGAGGGAGCCAUGUCUUCCAAGAUGGCCCUGAUGGCCUCUCCUAUAAAAAAACAUGUCUCUAUUAACAUGGAGGAGUCAAGACCACUGCUAGAAGCUCAGGAAAAAGAGACAGUUGAUUGGUGGAGCAAAUUCUACGCUUCAACUGGAGACCAGGAGAAAUGUCGCCCUUAUCUCAGGAAAGGAUACGACACCCUCAAAGUGUAUGACUGUGAACUGGAGGAAGUCCCAGAAUUCAAAGGGCUGACAGAUUUCUGCAGCACCUUCAAACUGCAGCGGGGCAAGGAUGAAAAUGGGGACAAAGACCCCACAGUGGUUGGAGAGUUCAAGGGUUCAUUCAAGGUGUACCCUCUGCCAGAUGACCCAGGUGUUGCUCCUCCUCCCCGGCAGUUCAGAGAACUUCCAGAUAGUGGACCUCAGGAGUGCCUGGUCAGGAUUUAUGUGGUCCGGGCCAUAGAUCUGCAGCCCAAAGACAACAACGGCAGAUGUGAUCCAUACAUAAAGAUAUCACUGGGAAAGAAUACGAUUGAAGACAGAGACCAUUACUUACCCAGCACCAUCAGCCCUGUGUUUGGAAGGAUGUUUGAGAUGACGUGUUUCCUGCCCCAGGACAAGGACCUGAAAAUCUCUGUCUAUGACUAUGAUCUCCUGAGCUGUGACGAGAAGGUCGGCGAGACAGUGAUUGACCUGGAGAACCGCUUCCUGUCCAGAUAUAACUCCUACUGUGGCCUGCCACAAACAUACUGCAUUUCUGGGAUUAACCAGUGGAGGGACCAGCUGAAGCCGUCUGAGAUUCUGGAGAACCUGGCUCGUCUAAAAGGACUGUCCAAACCCAGGACUGAAGACAACGGCACCUCGCUCACCUUCAAUGGCAAAGAGUACACGCUGGCUCAGUUCGAGAACAACAAGGAAGUUCAUCAACACUUGGGUCCGCCCCGAGAACGACUCUGCCUGCACGUGCUCAGAACACAGGGACUUGUCCCUGAGCAUGUGGAGACCAGGACCCUUUACAGCACCUUCCAACCCAAUCUCUCUCAGGGAAGGCUCCAGAUGUGGGUGGAUGUUUUCCCCAAAAGCAUUGGCCUCCCUGGACCUCCCUUUGACAUCACACCACGCAAGCCUAAGAAGUAUUUCCUGCGUGUUGUCAUCUGGAACACCACAGAUGUGACGUUAGAUGAGACAAGCAUCACUGGAGAACGCAUGAGUGACAUCUAUGUGAAAGGCUGGAUGCCAGGCAUGGAGGAGGACAAGCAGAAGACUGAUGUCCACUACAGGUCUCUGGAUGGAGACGGUAACUUUAACUGGAGGUUCGUCUUUGAGUUUGAGUACCUGUCUGCUGAACAACUCUGCCUCGUGUCCAAGAAGGAGCACUUUUGGAGUCUUGACAAAACAGAGUUCAGGAUUCCCCCCAAGCUGAUUGUUCAAAUAUGGGAUAACGACAAAUUCUCAUUGGAUGAUUACCUGGGAACACUGGAGCUGGACUUGCGUGACCUGGUUGCUCCUGCGAAGACCCCAGAGAAGUGCUCUCUGGCGAUGAUGGAUUUGGAUGCUCUGGAAAUAGGAGCACACAAGACGAGGAACGCCAAGUCUCUGUUUAAACAGCAGUCAGUCAAAGGCUGGUGGCCCUGCUCCAUUGAAAAGGAUGGGAAGAAGGUCCUGGGCGGCAAAGUGGAGAUGACAUUGGAGAUUGUAAAUGAAACAGAUGUUGAUGAGAGACCUGCAGGAAAAGGCAGGGAUGAACCCAACAUGAACCCAAAACUGGACCCUCCCAAACGCCCAGAAACGUCCUUCUUCUGGUUCACCAACCCAUGUAAGACCAUGAAGUUCAUCGUGUGGAGAAGGUUCAGGUGCCUCUUCAUCGGACUCAUCAUCCUCAUCAUAGUUAUGCUCUUCCUUGCCAUCCUGUUGUACUCUUUACCGAACUACAUCUCAAUGAAGAUAGUGAAGCCUCUAAAAUAGCUGAACAAUGGGUGAGAAACAGUGGAACUGAAAAGGACGAUUUAAAAUGUCUACAGGAUCUCACUAACUGAUCUCAGCUACCGCCAAACCUUCUCAAUAUCUUUUUUUUUUAUUGUUGUAUUUUUACUGCGUGUUAUGUUUUACAAAUGGGGAAGGGGUGCUUGCGCAUUUGCACUAUAUCACCAAACUUUACCACAAACACUUUAAACACUCUGCUAAACUGUGACAGACUUAUGAGCAACAUAUUAUGAACUGGACACUGAUUUGUUUCCAAACCACUGAUUUUUAUCACACACACUGAGUGAGCAGGAAAUAAAACUCCCUGUACACUGUAAUGCAAUCCAGUUCACAGUCCUGUAAUACACCAUGACCACUUUUGUUAGGGAUACUGUGUGCACAAAGUAUUGAUUUGGCUUUUCCUUUGAGGUACUUAAUAUAAAAUGUUUUUAAUAUUUCUACAUAGUUAUGCAUGUAAAUGAGGUGACAAACAUAUAGAUAGUUCCACUACUUUAUUAUAUGACUUUUAGAUAGCACUACAGUGUACAAGGGUUUUUAUCUUUCGUAUUGCUCAACGUAAUCCUGCCAAAUACAGCUAAAGGAAGAAAAAUCA